GUGAGCAGGGGCCGGGGGCGGGGCGGUUUAUUGGCGUGCGUUUAUUUCUGUGUUUGCCGCCCCCUCCCGCAGCGGUUAUGGGGGGGGGGCGGCCAUUACCCGGUGCCCGGGUGUUGCGGGGCUCGGGGGUGUCGUGGCGGGGCGGGGCGGCUGGGGAAAAUGGGGAACCCGUACACUCCUGGGCUAGUUCCUGAAAGACAUGGAGCUAUUUGUCUAGAAACUUGCUUAAUUAACGUUUCCUUUUACAGUCAGCUAAUGCCCCUGCCCAGGUCAAGGGCUGCGUUGUUUUCCAGUAUUUGCGCCCGUUAAGUGCCGCUGGAGGAUCAGUAAUGGACACGUUAUCGAUCCCUUUCCAGCAGGGAUUGGCACGUUUCAACCCCGUCGUCCUCGGUUUAUUAAAAACAAUCUCUUAGUCAUAGCGGCGUGUAUUGCUGGAAGAGCACGCCGAGGGAUUCGUCUGCCAACCUGGUCGCGGUCGGGUGCUCUGGAAGCCCUACCUGCUCUGUGAGGUGUGGCGGGAGGCAAAGUGCUGCGCGGCUGGACGAGCCCGCGCACGCAGGUCUCGCCCGAAUCCCUUCACAGCCCUCCUGUUUUCAUCAGUAACCCAGAGAAAACCCUACGUGCCCAAUAAGAGCACUGACACAUUGCAAGCCAACCUGAUGGCGUCCUCUACUGCUGUGCCUGUAGGAUUUCACUAUGAAACAAAAUAUGUAGUUCUCAGCUACCUGGGGCUUUUAUCACAAGAGAAGCCACAGGAGCAUCCUCCUGCUUCAACUCAAGGGACUCAACAGCCUAUGGCACAACAUGCUUCAGAGAAAGAGGCUUUGGAGAAGAUUAAAAUAGAAAUCGAGGAGGAGCUAAAACGUCUUGAUGAAGAGAUCUUGGAAGCAUUUACCACUACAGGAUUUGACUGCCACACUUCACCAGUGUUCAGUCCUGCCAAUCCAGAGAGCUCAAUAGAAGAUUGCCUGGCUCAUUUGGGGGAGAAAGUGUCCCAGGAAAUGAAAGAGCAUCUGCACAAAGCAUUGGAGAUCUUGCUUAGCAAGCCAGUGACAUACCAAGAAUAUCGCGAGCGCACACAAGAGACAGCUGCUCAUGCCAGUGGAUGGAACAAGGUCUUGGUACCCCUGGUUCUGCUACAGCAAUUCCUUAUGGAGUUAACCAGAAGAGGCCAGGAACCACUGAGUGCACUUGUGAACUUUGGGGUGACAUAUCUAGAAGACUAUUCUGCAGACUAUAUCAUUCAACAAGGAGGAUGGGGGACGGUCUUCAGUUUGGAAUCGGAGGAGGAGGAGUAUCCCGGCCUCAUCGCAGAGGACAGCAAUGACAUCUACAUCCUGACCAGCGACAACUCAGGACAGGUGAGCCCCCCGGAGUCCCCCACGGUGACCACGUCGUGGCAGUCAGAGAGCCUGCCCGUCUCCCUGUCAGCGAGCCAGAGCUGGCACACGGAGAGCCUGCCCGUCUCCCUGGGACCCGAGUCCUGGCAGCAAGUGGCCAUGGAUCCUGAAGAAGUCAAAAGCCUGGACAGCAACGGAGGGGGCGAAGAGAGGAGCGAGAACAACUCUUCCAACUCAGAUAUUGUUCACGUGGAGAAGGAAGAGAUACCGGAGGGGAUUGAGGAAGCGGUGGUGUCUGCAGUUGCUGCGGAGACUAUGCAGGCAGCGUUUCCAGAACCCCCUGCUUCUUUACAGGAAGUAAAACCACCUCAAGCUGAAGUUGUGGCUGAAAAAGCACAUCCCUCCGUGCUUCCGCGUACAAAACAGGAGGAAAAGGGAAAAGCGGCUGAAGAGCUUGUUGAACCUGAAAUCCCCAUAUUAAGUAAACCUGUCCCAAAGUUAGCCCCAUCAGAAGAAAAGGCUGCACCAGAACCUGAGAAAAUACUGCUACCAGGGGAAAAAAAAGUGGGGAAAGAGGGCCGUUUGGAAGAAAUAGAAGAGAAAUCUUCCGCUGCAGAGGAGAAGCCUAUCUUAUUGCCAGAAGGGAAAUCUAUACUGCUGUACGGUGGGGCUGCUGCAGUGGCGAUACUAGCUGUGGCGGUCGGAGUAGCGCUGGCGCUUAGAAAAAAGUAACAGAGCUCUCUGGAGGAGGAGGAGGAGGGAGAGAGAAGAGAGCACGAUCCAAUUUUUGUAGUUGUGUUACCUAAAGGUUGAGCCGCCUGCUGUUUAAUUGGACAUUUGAGUAACGUAAUGGUGACGGGGUGAGGUCAUUCAAUAAGCCUCCAGCUAUGGACAAUCAUGUUUUUAGUAGAAUUGGGGCGGGGACUGGUUUUUCGUGAUUAAAGUACAGGGGUAUUUUUAAAAUAAUAAUAAUAAAUUCUGCAAAUUUAAGAACUUAAGUGCAGGUGCUGAAGAAAGGGGUGCUUGUACUCUAGGAACUGGAACGGAGAAUCCCCAGGGGAAGGGGAGAGCCAGCUGCUGCCAACCCCUGGAGUUUUUGGCUUCUCAGACUGACCGCUAUUGCAGCUGUGCUGUCUUGUCACUUCCCUUUGCGCCCCGAGCCCUCCCUAACAAAACGUUAGUGAACCCGAGUCCUGUAGCGAGAGGCUGGUCUCCCUUUUGUCUCGGCUUCCUCUCAGGUACUGCACUGCUCCUCGUAACCUCGCAGGUUCCCCCUAAACCCAAGUGGGAGAGUGCUUAUUCUUACCUCUUUGCUCACACCUGGAUUGGCCCCUAACAGUUCUUGAAGCCCCCGUCCUAUAAAGAUGCUGCCUCUGUUGCUGUGUUCUCUCCGAGCACCCUGGUGUCCCUGGGGGAGAGGCGCAGCAGGGCGCUUCCGGCCGCUGAGGAGGGCGGGAGGGACGCUGCGCUGCGCUUCGCUGGUUUGAGAAUCCAUUCGCUAUGCUCCUGCCUGCCCACCUUACUGCCACCCCCGAGUUACCAGAGAUGCAAAUUCAUGCUGGACGCGGUGCCAUUCUGAUGAGUGCUUUGACACCAGAGUAUAUCUAGCAAAGAUUUGGAAAACUAUGUGUGAAAGGGGCGCUGGUGCCCCCUGUGAAAUUCAGAGGUUAAACGCUGUUUUGCCCCGUAUCCUGCUGCGGUCUGUGUUGUCGUUCCCAGGUUAAGUGCAGUGUGUUUAGUCCUAACUCGGUCUUGGCUGUGACGGAAUCCCAGGCACACAGAGCAGUGGGUUCUAGUAACUACACAGAACAGCAUUAAACGUCUCCUGUUUGUCCGUUCCCGAGCUGACCUGCAGUGUUGUUCAGUGCAAUUUCUUUCGCGAUUCCAAACUGUAACUGGCUAAAUUUGCAGGUUCACAAAUGAUGAGGAAGUUGCUUUGGAAAAAUACAACCCCCUCUUCCUGCAGUCACAACAUUUCCAAUGUGUGUAAAGAGAAAUCCGGGACGUGUUACCAUGCACAAGUCACAUCAGAUCAUGCUGCAAGUGGUCCUCUUCCAGCGCACGUCUGUGUCUGUCCUUGUCUGCACUGCAGCUCUCUGGGCCGGAGCUUAGAUUUCCAGGCAGAAUUACUGAUGCAUCUCUGAGGGUUUAUGCUGGCACUGUGGCUUAGAACAGAUGGAGGUAGGUGAAAGGGGACUUGGGAUAAUACGGAAAUUGAAAUGUGAGCUUCCUGUAUAAGCUUACUCUUCAUAAAGCACAAACACAAGGUACUUUAUUUCUAAACAACGUUGUCUAGAGUAUUUCUUGUAACGAGCCUGUUUCUUAAGUAAUCUGAUAAUCCAGAGAUUUUAGCAUAUUCUCUAUUUUAGCAUAUCCUUGCCACAUUUUCCUAUCCCACCCCGUAUCCCAGUAUGCUGGUAAGUCAGUAAGAACCUGGCAGAGUUUAGGGAAUUUUUUUUGUUUAGCUUUUUUGAGAGUGGAUUUUGUAGAAAACUUGGAUUUUGAACUGUGUGAGGUUGAAUGCAGAGAGGAGGGAGUGUUACAUAUGUACUGCUGCUCGCUCGGGUGUUCUGGACUCCACUGUUGAUCAUAGGUGGCUCUUUUGCUUGCGCGUAAGAGGUAGCAGGUUAUCCUU